ACAACAGACAUCACAAAAAAUUCGUUGAUUUCGUGUUGCGAUUUGCGAACUCGCAUUGUAUUAUAACAAUUCCUAGUAAAUUUCUCUGUGUCCUUGUGACAAAUUAAAACUAUGAAGAUUAAUGAGAAGAACUUGUGUGCAUUUGCUACAUCAGCCACUCCAAUAGAUCGCGAAGGAUGGUUGGAUAUGAGAGAAGUGGGGAAAAGCUAUCAAAGAAGGUGGUUCACAUUGAAAGGCAACCUUUUGUUCUAUUUUGACAAAAAGGGUGACAAAGAGCCCGUUGGAGUUAUCAUAUUGGAAGGAUGCACCAUUGAGUUAACAGAAGAAGAGUCAUAUAGUUUUAAAGUAGUAUUUCAAUGUGAAGGAGGCCGAACAUAUUUUCUGUGCACAAAUUCCCAAGCUUCAAUGGAAGCAUGGAUGAAAGCUUUAGCUUGUGCAAGUUAUGAUUACAUGAAACUGAUGGUUGCAGAGCUUCAGAGGCAGCUGGACGAAGCUCAAGCUGAGGAUGCGGCAGAAGCAGCCACUCUGAUCCCUCUCACACCUACGGGUGAGGAACCACAGGUCCCGCCCAGAGGCCAGCGCUAUAAUCCAUUCAAUAAGAUGUCAGAUACUGAGAACAAAUCUGUGCCAGGCAGUCGUCAUCACAAAGAAAAUCUAAAGCCGGAAAUGCCUCGAAAGAAAGUUGCCUUUCGAGACAUUCACACGAUGUAUGGACGUAAAAUAUUAGCCGAUCGAAGCGAAUGGAGGGCCAAGCUACGACAGAAGGAACCUUCCGAGCCCCUCAUACAACUCUAACAAUAUUAUUUUGAGCGAGAGAUGUGGAUGUUCCGUGCCUUGAAAGUGUAUAUGUACACAAUUUGUAUAUGAACAGAUUUUACAUAGCCUAGUUGUGUUUGCUGAUUUCCUAUUGAUUAUAAAUUUGAUUUAGUUAGAAAUUAGGGAAAAAUUAACAUCUAAAAAGAUGUAUAAUUAUAUGUUUUAUUGUGCUAAUAUUAUAAUUGGAUUACUGUUUUAAUAUUAUCAAUAUAAUACCAUCACAUCGCUUUCAUGUUUAAUUGAUCAAGCACAUAUUUAAAUAUUGUUAUUAUUGAUUAAAUAUGUUAAUAUUGUUUGUAUUAAAUUAAGUUUUUAGUAGGUUGCUAGUCAUUAGCUUAAUUCAUAAUAAUUGAAUUUGAUUAAAAAUUCUGUAUCAGUUGGGUUCCACAGUGCGAGUUUCCUGCCGGAAAACAGUAGUUUUGCAAGCUCUGGCAUUUUUUAUAUUUACUGCUAUUUGAUAUUUAUAUAUUUGUGAGUCUGAUCAAUUUUAGACAAUUUCAUUGUUUGUUAGUAGUGUUAAUUAUUUUACCUACACCCAUGCUUUAAAUCCUCCAUUAAAGAUUCUGAAACAGUUAGCUUAUUGCCAACAUUAAAACACCCAAUGUUCUAAUAACCAUAACAUCAUCCAAACGAGUGUUGUAAUGUUGUACUGUAUUUCAUAACAACACUCCUUUGUUUUUUUUUCGAUCCCUUCAUGCGCAAAGAGUUUCAACAGACAGCCACAUUCUUAUUGUUCUAUGCGUGGUAUCUGUAUGAAUUUCAAAAAAAGAACAUUUUCGUUUACGCGCGUUCCACACUAGUACCAGAACGUCGCGCGCCUUAAAAAAAGUAGGUUAUUCGAAUCCCCUCCAUUUUUCUUCGAUAUUUUUAUUGUUUUGUUUACAAAAAAUGAGCGAUUCAUUUUAAACGCUGCAAAAGAACAUUAUAUUCGAGUGAAUUUUAAUUAUUGCACUAUACAAAAUGAAAAUUACUACUAAAAUAAAUAAUUGUUUCAUUAAUACUUAGUUUAUUUGUAUAUAAUCAGUAAUGAAUGAUAUUAGGUUACUACUAGGACUGGUGUUUUAAUGCUAGCAGUAAGCUAACUUUUCCAGAAUCUUUUAGAGGAUUCAUAUUCUGGGUGUAGAUAAAGUCUUGUAUGCAACUGUUGAUAAUUAGGUAUUAAAACACGAAUGUGAUACUAUGAUCACACUCGGCUUCGCCUCGUGAGAUAAAUCCACAUUCGUGUUUUAAUACCCCUUAUUACACAACAGUUGCAUAAAUAACUAUUAAUGGACCAAACAAGUCCCAUUACAGUCCUCUUCUGUACGCAGAAUAAUAUCUCCGUGAUAAUAGUAUCACAUGAGUGUUUUAAUACCCCUUAUUACACAACAGUUGUAUAAAUAACUAUAUAAGCUCCUUUUAAAAUAGAUUUCUUAACUUAAUUUUUCACGCAGAUUUGAAAAUUUGAUUUGUAUCACCAUUAGGUAUGUAAUCUUUACUAAGAAAAAGCUGGACAGAAAGUAUGGCGGUAUCUCUUUUCAACAACUAUAACAACCUAUUUUAAAAAUACUUUUUUAGGCGCUUUUGUACUUAAAUGUCUGUGUAAAAAUCAGAUAAAGCUGUAACACUUGUUCGGCUAGAGUCGUCUCAAGUUGAUCAAGGAAGCACGAAUAGUCUGAGCAAAAUUAACCCAGAGUACAUAAUCAUACUUUACUUUAUGAAAUUAUAGAAAGCACACACUGUUUUUUUCAUUACAGACAUUUUAUAUUUAACUUCUUUUCAGGUUCUAUGUGCAUAUUAUAUAUAUAUACAUACUAUUAUUAACAUAAUAUGUAGGGACUGUAUUACUUAGUAAAUAAGGUAGAUUUUAGACUAAAUAAACGAAUUGCCAUGAUUAAUAAUUAUUAAAACUCACACUGUGUUUUGCAAGUGCAUUGUAAGUAAUUAUUAUAUAUCUAACUUUCCA